UCUCGGAGUCAUUCAAGGAACGGGGUUGCGACGGACUGCGAGUGUGAUAUCGGGGUCACGGUGCUCAGGCAACGCUACAUCAGAACUCUGUGCUGGUGACCAAGUGUGCCAAUCUGUGAAACUGUGCGCGAACUAGACACAAGCGGUAGCCUAAAACACGUGUGACAUGCACACACACGAAUGGCUCUGCGGAAAGAACUUCAGAACAGAAGUUAAGCAAAAUUAAUUGGUAUUAUAAUUGUGCCAGAUGAAGGUUUUUUCUUAACUGAAACCUGUGUAGUCUUUAAAAAUUAAACAAGAAAGAAUGAAGAGAAUAUUUGAAUGACGUAAUUUGAAACAUAGGAAAGAUUUAUAGAAGAAAGUUAAAUAAAUUUAAUCCAAUUUUGUAAUUUAUAUUGAGGGAAAUGUGUUAUAAGGAAGACAGCGACUAACAUAAAUAACAAUAGGCUUCUUGUCAACUAAAGUGAAUUUACAUGUAUUUGUGCAAUGACGAACAGCAAAUCAAAAUUCAAAUACACGAAGUGUUGGAAUUCUACUUCACUCGCUGAGCUUAUUCGUGUAGCCAAAGUGAAUUGAUCACUUCGGCAAGUCCUUUUAACCUCUUCCCUGUGGAGGACAUCCAAAAAAAAAAUACCUAGCGUUUUAGUGUUAGAUCGUAUAAGGUGUGAAUCCAGACUCUGAUAAUCGAUGGUACUAGUCAUUUAAAAUGCCACGUCUCUAGCAUUCUGAAACAAACUGGUCACUGUAUAAUCCUUCAUCCUGGUUUGGCCGAGCAUAAGAAAUAACGAGUCCAUCAGAACAGGAAAGAUGCGGAAGUAGAGACUUGGGGGCUUAUGAACGAGUUAUGGAGCUACACAGAGAGAUGAUGGCGGACGAAGAAGAUGACCAGGAGAUCAACGUGGACACCGACAGUCGGUGCAGUGCCACGGCAGACGAGGAGAGUGGCACCAGCAGCUUCGUGGACGGCGUCCGAAGCUGCAGCGCUACCGGAAGUGAUGGAGGUGGUUCUCUAAUGAGUCCUGUGUCCGAGCACAACCGCCAAGACGCCUCGCCCCCAAACACCUGUCAUCAUCUGCACCAGAGGAGACUGGAGGACGACGGGAGGGGUGUGACGCCUUCGCCGCCUCUCAGCAGGGCGUCGUCGGCCGGACACGCGCUCCCGUUCAGUAUAUCACGCCUUCUUGGCGCGGACUUUGAGGCAAACAACAGUAGCCGACCUAGUGGGAUCUCUGCAGUCGCAGCGGAAAAAGGCGCUUCGACUUUAUUGCUGCAUCCUCAAGGACAUGGCCUCUCGCAACAUGAAGCAAUCACAUCUUUGUACUCUCAUCCGGCUAUUGUGCAGUUCAGUGGUACGACAACUUCUGGUGUACGGACAAGUACUUCCAGUGGUUUGUGUCCGGUGUCUGCAGGCCUACCAACCGCAGCCCUUGCGGCCGCGGGACUGGUUUACAAUACAGCUGCAGGGGUUAUUCGUGUGCCGGCUCACAGGCCACCUCCACCAGCGCCUUUAGGGGGCCCUGCUGGGGCCGGGAGUCCCGCAGUCCCGGCUCUAGCGGCCCCGUUUCCGUGGCUAGCAGCGGCCUCCAUGGAUCCGACGUCGCUGCAGAGGAGCGCGGCAGCUGCAGCCUUCGCGUCCCAGGUCGUCAAGGAGCGCCUCACAGCCACGUUUCCUAUUACGAGGCGCAUCGGACACCCGUACCAGAACAGAACUCCGCCGAAGCGUAAGAAGCCGAGGACCUCCUUCACACGCCUGCAAAUCGCAGAGUUGGAGAAGCGAUUCCACAAACAGAAAUACCUGGCGUCAGCAGAGCGCGCGUCUCUCGCCAAGACGCUCAAGAUGACCGACGCUCAAGUCAAAACUUGGUUUCAAAACCGACGUACAAAAUGGAGGAGACAAACAGCGGAGGAGCGUGAAGCUGAGAGGCAGGCCGCCAAUAGGCUUAUGAUGUCACUGCAGGCUGAAGCGCUCAGCAAGGGGAUGUACCACGCGGCAGAACGAGGCUCAGCGCCGGGCGAUACGACGCUACACCUGCACCACCACGCGUCGAGCGCAGCGAAUAACACGUCUCUCAGCGCCCUGCAGAACCUGCAGCCUUGGGCUGGCGGCGCUGCAUUUACGUUAGAAGAAACACAAAGCUGUCCCAGUGCUGAAGCAUCAUUCCAUAAAGACGAAUAG